GUUGAAAUACUUUAUCAAAAUGAUUUAAUAAACAAGUGCAUUUGAGAAUUGAAAAUAGUGUCUGUUAUUCGACCAAUCUAAAUCCAAAUGGCAUCCCAAGAACCUCAGCUUCACUUUGUUCUGUUUCCUCUCAUGUCCCCAGGCCACUUGCUCCCCAUGACAGACCUUGCAACAAUAUUAGCACAGCAUAACAUCAUUGUUACCGUAGUCACAACCCCACAUAACGCUUCUCGUUUAUCAGAAACCUUUAGUCGUGCUUCAGACUCAGGGCUUAACCUCAGAUUAGUUCAACUCCAAUUUCCAUCCCAAGAUGCUGGAUUUCCAGAAGGGUGUGAGAAUUUUGACAUGCUUCCUUCAAUGGGUAUGGGUUUGAAUUUCUUCCUUGCUGCAAACAACUUUCUACAUGAACCAGCAGAGAAAGUGUUUGAAGAGUUAACACCAAAACCAAACUGCAUAAUCUCUGAUGUGGGUUUGGCAUACACAGCCCACAUCGCCACCAAAUUCAACAUCCCCAGAAUUUCUUUCUACGGAGUUAGCUGCUUCUGUCUCUUGUGGCAGCAAAAGUUGGUCACUUCUAAUCUUCUCGAGAGCAUAGAAACAGAUUCAGAGUACUUUCUGAUACCUGACAUCCCUGACAAAAUUGAGAUCACCAAAGAACAGACGUCAAGACCAAUGCAUGAAACCUGGAGCGAGUUUGUCGACAAAAUGGCUGCGGCGGAAGCGGUUACUUAUGGCGUGGUCGUGAAUUCUUUUGAGGAGUUGGAGCCAGCAUAUGCAGGGGAUUUCAAGAAGAUCAGAAACGAUAAAGUGUGGUGUGUUGGCCCUGUUUCACUCAGAAACAGGAAUCAAUUGGACAAGGCUCAGAGAGGGAACAAGGCCUCAAGUGAUGCGCACAGUUGCAUGAAGUGGCUUGAUUUACAAAAGCCAAAUUCAGUAGUUUACGUGUGCCUUGGAAGUAUAUGCAAUUUAAUUCCGUUGCAGUUGAUAGAGCUUGGUUUGGCCUUAGAAGCAUCUGAAAAACCAUUCAUUUGGGUUAUCAGGGAGAGAAAUCAAACAGAAGAGUUGAACAAGUGGAUUAACGAAUCAGGGUUUGAAGAGAGGACAAAGGGAGUGGGUCUUUUGAUUCGGGGUUGGGCUCCUCAGGUACUAAUACUAUCACACCCUGCAAUUGGAGGGUUCUUAACACACUGUGGUUGGAACUCUACCAUCGAAGCAAUAUGUGCUGGAAUGCCAAUGCUUACGUGGCCGUUGUUUGGGGAUCAAUUCUUCAAUGAGAAGUUCAUUGUGCAGGUACUAAGAAUUGGAGUGAGAGUUGGGGUGGAAACUCCUGUGAACUGGGGCAAUGAAGAGAAAAGUGGGGUCUUGGUGAAGAAAGAACAUGUUUUGAAGGCUAUACAAGUCUUAAUGGAUGAGGGAAAUGAAAGGGAAGAGAGAAGAAAAAGGGCUAGAGAGCUUGCGGAGAUGGCUAAGAAAGCUGUAGAAGGAGGAUCUUCUCACUUCAACGUAACCCAGCUAAUACAAGAUAUCAUGCAACAGUCCAACAAAGACUAGUACUAACGAUCAUCUUCGGUUAUCAAAGGCAUAUUAAUAUAUAUACACUAUUUCAGAAGAAGUUCCUAAUUAGCUUGCAGAGGGUUGUAACAUAUACUGUGUGGCAAGCCUGUGAAGGCUCGAGGAAGAAGAGUAUCCUGUGUAAACUCGAGUGAUUACUGUAAUAAAUUAAUCCUACUGGAAACAAAGAAUGGAUAUAAUCAUAUAGACUAAGGAUUUGAGGGUGAAAUAUACCUUGAGCUAAUUGAAGUUUUAAUUUUAUAUGUUUGAUAUCAAGUUUAAGCAAGGCCACCUUGAAGGACUAGGGAGGCAAGAAACAAAUUUAAUAUUUUCUGUGUUAGAUGUGGCAUCUGAAUCAGCAAUUGGUUGUUGCUAAAAUGGUGUUGCUUCUUGUGAAAUAUACAUAUCCUCUAUCAUGGGUGAAUGAUCAACAAUUGAUACUGGUGGAGCAUGGUAUAUGACUUUCCUAUGCUAAUGCUCAAAAGAAUCAACAUAUAUUGGCUCAAGUUGAGCUAAUACUCCUACAACCAUAUGAGCAUCUGAUCUAGCAUCUUGUUCAUUAUCCAAAGAAGCUUCAACCGCUACCACUUCCUUGUUUUGAGUUGAUACGUCUUCAUCUUCUAUGAUUUUAAAAUCUCAGUUUCCCAGAGCGUGUGGAUAAACUUUUAUUUAGAAGUAGUAUUAAGAGUAGGGAUUGCAUGACUACCUUGUCUGUUAGUUAACAUUAGAUCUUCCCUUUCUGCUUAUAAUAUUAAAAUGUAUUUUAUAUUACAUCGAGUAAUAUUUAGCAACGCAUUACCCAAA